AGCUCCCUCCAGAUUCCCCUCCUUCUCUUUCUCUCUCUCUUUCUCUCUCUCUUUCUUUCUCGCCUUCACUUCUCUUUCCAGCCUCUUCUUCUUCGCCGGUGCCAUGAUCCGACACCAAGAGACGCCGUCCUCUUACCAGGAGCUGAGUGACGAAGUAGAACAGGCAGCUGUAAAUGUUGAGCCAUCCGAGGAACAAGAAGACGAUCAAGAAGAUGCAAGCUCAGCCAUCCUUCCAGUCCUAGACGGCGGCAGUGCUUCAGCACGUUUCAGCAAGUCCUGCCUAAAGAAUGUCUUCUCCGUAAUUCUCCUCUUCAUCUAUCUGCUGCUGAUGGCCGUCGCCAUCUUCCUGGUCUACCAAACCAUUGCUGACUUCAGGGAAAAGCUCAAGCACCCGGUGAUGUCCGUCUCUUACAAGGAGGUGCCCACUUAUGAUGCACCAGGUAUUGCCCUCUUCCCAGGCAAGGCUGAACUCCUGACCUGCAAGCAUCACUACUAUGAUUACAUCCCUCCUCUGGUGAACCCAGGCCAGCCAGGAGAAAUCGAAUGCUUGACAGAGACGGUGAACUACACGGCUCCUUUUACUAACGAAACCAAGAAGCAUGCCAUCAUUGUUGAAGGGCCUCGGGAUGUAAAGAAGCGGGAACUGGUCUUCAUGCAGUUCCACCUCAACGAGACAGACCAGGAUUUCAGUGCAAUAGACUACCUUCUUUUUAAUUCAUUCCAGGAGUUCCUCAGCAGCCCUAACAAAUCAGAAUUCAUGAAGUUAUGCGAGAGCUCCUACUCCAGCUGGAAGUUUUCCGGAGGUUUCCGAACCUGGGUGAAAAUGUCUUUGGUCAAAACGAAAGAAGAAGAUAGCAGGGAGACAGUUGAAUUCAGACAAGAGAUCAGUGUGGUCAACUACAUUGAACGGAGGACAAAAGCAGAAGGCGAUCAACUAUUUUUUGUGGUUUUUGAGUGGAAAGACCCAUUUAUUCAAGAAGUUCAGGAUAUUGUUACUGCAAAUCCUUGGAACAUGAUCGCUCUUCUGUGUGGAGUUUUCCUGGCUUUAUUUAAAGCAGCAGAUUUUGCUAAACUCAGUGUGAAGUGGAUGAUAAAAAUACGAAAACGGCACCUCAAGAGAAGAAGUCAAAUCUUGAACCAUAUAAGCUGAGGAUCAAAUGCUGAGGAGUUUCCUGUUACACUGGAGAAUACAAACAAUGUAAGAUUAAAGCAGUAGAGCAGUUGCACAGAGGGGAAAACCGAACUGACAGAAGGGCUGCUUGCUUUGAUGGAAUCUAAAUGAACCUGACACUUGACGUUUUAGAGAGCUACUAACUUUUAUAAAGACUUCUACUAAAAGAUAGAGGGAGGGAGGACACUCCUUUACUAGAUUAUUGUUAAAUAGUAAGAAAAUCUUUGAAAGAAUAUUUUAUCUCUGUAGCAAAACUCACAUGUGGAUAGACAGAGCCUUUAUUUCAUAGAGAGGCAGAAGUGGGCUCUUUUAAACACAUCUGUCAGGGUUGAAAUGGCUUGUCACACUGAGUUUAGAACAAUGAAUUUAAUAAAUUCUGCCCUGUGCCCAAGGCAGAGUUUUUAUCUGAAACACGUCGUCUCAGGGAAAUAACCAUAAAAGAAAGGGAGAAGGAGUGUUUUUCAGUUCAAGAGUUUCACUGAGUUUCAGAGAAGUUCUUGAGGGCCACAUUCCAGUGGCAAGAAGGCAAAGGGAGAAUGCAAAAAAUAUCAGCAUAUUUUAUUGUCACUAAAUAGCUGAAAAAGUCUUUUAGAAUGAAAAAGUAUAUACAAAAUAUGGGAAACCAUUAAAAGAUGGUAUCACAAAGAAGAAAAUAUGGUUAUCUGGAGAAAGCCAGAUGAUUGAAUUGAGGGUCUAGUGCAGCGGUUCUCAACCUGGGGUCCCCAGAGGUUUUUGGCCUUCAACUCCCAGAAAUCCUAACAGCUGGUAAACUUGCUGGGAUUUCUGGUAGUUGUAGGCCAAAACACCUGGGGACCCACAGGUUGAGAACCACUGGUCUAGUGGUUCUUGACCUGUGAGUCCCGAGGUGUUUUGGCCUACAGCUCCCAGAAAUCCCAGCCAGUUUACCAACUUUAAGAUUUCUGGGAGUUGUAGGCCAAAACAUCUUAAACAUAGGUUGAGAACCACUGGUCUAGGAGGACCAAGUACAGCCUCAGAGGUUUUUAUUCCUCCCCACUUCCAUGAAGAGAUAUUAAUCUCAAAAUAUGCCAUCCAGAUUAGAGGGAAAGCUGUGGUACUAGUUGAAUACCCGAGCUGAUUCAAUUUUUCAUAGCAUUUAACGAAAAUGUUUCAAGAUUGUCUCUGAAUUUCAAUCAUCAUGAGUUGGCUUUAUGGCACCCAAUACCAGGCUUAUCAUACUUUCAGUACUGUACUCUUUUUAGUAACAUAUAAUUGAUAAAAGAACACGGUAAGCUGAUAAAUGUAUAAAUGAAAAUACCCCCGUAUGAAAGCCAGAACACUGAAAAGAUAUGACUUUUUAUCAACGUUUGAAGUUUUUCAAUAAAAUUCUACCUAUGAGCUAUAAUUCACUUCUUCUUAUACUUGUUUAUUAGUCUUCUAAAUUGAGAAAGUUUUGCGCCUUUCAGGUUUCUGUCUGCAUGAAGGAAAACAGAAAAAUCUAGUUCUGUUAAGCCAAAUGAGAGCCUUGUCAGGAUGACAAAAGUGAUAAAUGUUCUGUAUUACAUUGGUGGCAGAAGAGAAAUUCUAAUUUUAAAAAACCCUCUGUGCAUAUUUCACAAGGAGCCCUGGCUGAAACUUUCUGACUUACUAGGAGACACCUCCCAAAACAGGGAAAAAAAUUACUCAAAGGCUCCAGUCAUGCACAACCAGGAGCUCCUUCUUGGUGAAGCCAAAGAAUUUCCUAGUCUAUACUCUAGAGCAGUAAUUCUCAACCUUUUUUGAUCAGGGACCACUCUCCAACAUUAGUACCAAAAGAGUUACAAAUCAGUUUUGUUUGUUUGUUUGUUUGUUUACCACAUUUAUACUCUGCCCUUCUCAACCCUAAAGAGGGCUCAAGAUGGCGUUAGAUUUGGUUUGGUUAUUUGGGGUGCUGAUUCAGAAAAUUGCAUUGGAUAGAUCACAUCAGCUUUAGUUUCUGAUACAGAACAUAUGCCAUCCAGUAGUCGCCAUCUGCUCACCCACAGAAAACCAUCUUUAGUAAUCCAGAGCUGAUGUGGUAGUAAUAUCUUUCGUGGGUAGUCAGACUCCCCCCUCCCGACAUCCCCCUUGCUUCAGCACUAUAAGAGGAUUUCACGACACCAGUUGCUCUCAUUGCCAAAAACCUAAUUAUUCUCUCCACACAAUUUAUUAUUUAUUUUAUUUACAGUAUUUAUAUACCGCUUUUCUCACCCCUAGGGGGACUCAAAGCAAUAACCAUCUAAAACUAGACUAACAGAUCUAAUCGAUCUAACACCAUUUUAUUCACCAAGUUUUCACACUCUCUGUUUGAUAGUGAUUAGCUGUUCUAGCCCAAAAUUUGUGGUUUCAACAUUUUCAUUAAGCCCUCCACUCAUCUGAAUAUACCCCUUGAUGGCCACAUUCCUCCAGCCCCCAUAUAACCCAACUUUAAUUCAGCUAUAAUGACGGCAAUAUACAUCACUCAUUACAAACAUAAAGAUUUUAUUGAAUGCUUUUCAAUCCCUCAGUCUUUCAAUACAAAACCAUUUUCUGCACAAUUGCAAUAGAGACUGGAAUGGUAUUCUGAUAGAAAACAUCCGACCUGAUCUAGUAAAAACAGACAAAACCUCUAGUGCCAUUUUUGCCAUGUUAAGUACAUUGUAUUUUCCUUGAAACGGAGCAAGGAACUGUAUUGUUGCAAAGAUGUUUUGAUGCCUGAAUGGAAUUGCACAAUUCAAGAUUUUAGUGAAUGGCUGGACUAUCUUGAGCCAGGUAGAAAGCAAACCUGCCAAGCUUAAUAAAAAUGGUUGAAAUUA